AUGUUGAACCUAACAUCGGUUGCCCCGUGGCUGCAGAAUGAGGGCGUGUACGGCCCCGUCACCGCCACCCUCGACUGGUGUGAGCUCAACCACCAGUUUUCGCCGUACAUCGCAGAGAUGGCCAAUACACUGUCGAAUAUCUUCACCGUCGCCCUCGCCGUUCUAGGCUGCGUAGAGGCAAUAAAGGAAGGCCUCCCGACGCGCUAUUCUCUUGGGUACCUGGGCGUCGCUCUUGUUGGCGUGGGUAGCUUCUUCUUCCAUGCCACCCUGCUGUUCGAGGCCCAGCUCGCCGACGAGCUACCUAUGAUCUAUGUCGGCUCAAUGAGCCUUUGGGUCCUCUUCGAUAACAAGCCCGGCUAUGGAUUGCAUUCGACGCGAACAAAGGUUCUAAUAGCCCUGUUGGCGGCAUUUGAUAUACUAUUCACGUGGAGCUACAUGCUGUAUCGAAACCCUGUGUACCACCAGCUCGUGUUCGGCUUCCUCGUCGUUUCUAACACGUUGCGCGUCACGUACAUCCUCCACAAACCUGAAGCUGCAGAGAGGAUUUCUCAGAAAGCCAAAACGACAAUUACCAACUUCUUCUCUACUGGUGCAGCAUUAUUCGUUCUUGGAUUUGUCGUUUGGAACUUGGACAAUAUCUUCUGCCAUAACCUCACUCGAUGGAAAUUGUCUCUUGGAUGGCCAGCUGCUUUCUUCCUUGAAGGACAUGCCUGGUGGCACAUCCUCACUGGGCUUGGAAGCUACUACAUGUUCAUUGGAAUCCAAUACGUGUAA